CUCCCCCUCUCUCCCUCUGAAUAUCCUGAAUCCUGAGUCCCUGACUUACAUUCUUAGAAAAAGAAGAAAUAAUAAUGGGGGAAUCGGCCAUGACUCCUCAGAUCAAGAUACUUCUUCUCUUCUUUCUUGUUCUCUUCAUUCUCUCACCUUCAUCUAGAGUGGAAGGCUUCAAGGAUGGUAUGAAGAAGGUCACACACCCCAUUGAUGAGGCUAUGAUCAUCAAACUGAUGAAAUCAAGGAAGCUUAUGGAAGUUACAAUAAUGGAUUAUGACGAUGCAGGACCAAAUCCAAAGCACGAUCCAAGGAAAGGGAAGCCCGGAGGUGGUGGGGCCAAGAACCCAUGAUUUACCCAUCCUCUCUCAUCCAUUACCCUAGAUCUACCUACUUUUUGGUUGCAAUAAGAAUGGAGAAAUAUCAGUUCUCUCUCUCUUUCUAUCUCUCUUAGUUUACCUCUGUUAUUUUGAGGUGACAGAGCAUAAUGUAUGAGUUUUUUUGAUAAUAUAGAUGGGGGAUUCAGUGUGAAGUCCUGUUGUAUUAAUGAUAGUUAAAUCAAUACAACAAACAUUAUGUUAGUACUAUUAGUA